GUCGAGCCCCGCGACAGUUCAAGCAAUGUGCUGCAAGUCCUUUUGUUGAUUCUGCAACACUUGGUGCAACGUUUCUGCCUAAGCUGGGCAGCGAUUCUUUGGGCCGAUUUGCGGGGCCCCGUUUUCGCCCUGUCGGCCGCAGCUUGACCUCACGCCACUGCUACAGCAUACAAGCUAGCAGCCAUAUCGCGUUUAUAACUGCGGCGCGACGCCAGAGUGUUGCAUCGAGGACACUCAGAACAUGGAGCGCUCGGCAACGAUGCGGGCUGGGCACCGGCAUGCCUUGAGCAGUAAUGUGCUUCCAGCAGUGCCUUUCAGGGGUCUUACGGGCCCAACUCCAUUCCGCCUUCCUCCUUGCGUCGUGGGUCGCCGGUCCUGGGCGUGCUCGGCGCUGUCAGAUGGAGGCUCCCAGGGCACAUCCGCGGCCGUGAAUCCGAAGCUGGUUGCCGACAAGGCGCAGCUGGAGAUAAGCGAGAACCCCCAGGGCCGCUCCGGCGCGCCCGGCGUGAAGGGCGAGCGCGAGCGCGUUGACGGCAGCGAGCUGCUGACGCAGGGCUCCAGCUGGGAGGAGUGGCUUAAGCACUUUGACGCAAUGGACGAGCUGGCUGAGGACGCGGCGCACUACCAGGUCGAACUGAACUCGGCGGUGCGCACGGAGCGCUAUGCCGACGCCGCGCGCUUCAAGAAGCGGCUUGGCGAGGUGGCGGCGGCCGACACCGUGGCGGCGGUGCAGCGGCAGCUGCAGUCGGCUCUGGCGGGCGAGCAGUACACGGAGGCGGCUGAGCUGCGCGACCGCGGCCUGGUGGGGCUGGCGGGCUGGUGGGCGGGCAAGGACGGCCCGGAGGACUUCCAGGGCCACCUGCUGCACGUCAAGCCCGAGUUCGGGCGGUGGACGGGCCGCAUCUACAUGGCGCGCGACAUCGCGGCCAUGAACGGCUGGCGCGAGAACAAGAUGAUGGCGCUGCUGGACCGGGCAGACCGCGGCGGCGCGGCCGCAGGCGGCGCCUCGCUGCGCGGCGCCUACGAGUCAGCAGGCGGCGCGGGCGGUGGCCUGGGCGGCGGCACCAUCGGCACUCCCAUGAUGGAGGUGUUCGUCAAGCAGCAGGGCCAGGAGCCGGCGGCGGCGGCGGGCGCGGUGGGUUCAGCGGGCGGAGCGGCGGGCGUGGAGCAGCAGCAGCUGCAGCCGUCGCUGCUGGUGCAUCAGGCGGUUGCGCUACGGCCGCCGGCGCCCAAGGCGCCCAAGGCCGGCGCCGGCGCCAAGGAGGGCGGCGCUAAGGGCACGGGCGUGGGCGCGGGCGCGGCGGCGCUGAACCCGGCGAGCGUGGUGCGGCUGAGCAUCCACGUGGCGCGGGACGGCAGCGCGCGCAUCAGCGUGCUGCCGCCCAAGGCGGUGAAGAGCGAGUUCAGCAGCUGGGAGGAGGAGGAGAUGCGGGCCACCAUGGCGGCACUGGCGGGCGACAGCCUCGGCUCCUCCGGCCCCAAGAAGGCCGGCAGCGGCCUGGGCGCCAUGAGCAGCAGCAAGGCCGGCAAGCCCGCCGCUGCCGCUGCCAGCUCGGCGGCUGCGCCGGCGGCGGCCACGGAGGACGAGGACGAGGACGUGCUGACGGAGCUGACGCGCGUGCCGGCGCAGGUGGCCAUGCAGGGCCGCGACCGCUUCACCUUCACCGUGCUGGAGCAGGGCGCCAGCAACAGCAGCCGCGGCGCCGGCGGCGCCAGCGGCAGCGCUGCCAGCAGCAGCAGCGGUGCGAGCAGCGGUGUUGUUGGGGGUGUGGAGGAGGCGACGGCGAGCGGCAGCAGCGUGGACCUGCCGCGCUGGGCGGCGGUGCCCAUUGACGACGACGACUCCUCGGGCGACGAGGCGGAGGCCGCGUCGCAGCGCCGCACGGCCUCAGCCUCCUCGGCUUCCUCGGCCUCGGCGUCCAUGACGGAGGUGCCGGUGGUGGAAGUGGAGGUGGAGGUGGAGCUGGCGCCCAAGGGGGGCGAGGAGGAUGACGAGGCGACGGCGCGGCGGCGCAGCAUGCUGGAGGCCGCGGCGUCGCUGGGCAUGAACGACAGCGAUGAGGACGAGGAGGAGGAGGACGGCGACGGUGAGAGCUCAGAGCUCAAGGUAUCGUUCGAUAUGCUGUCGGCGGGCUACGGGCGGGUGGACGCGGUGGCGACCAGCGUGUCGGACGCCGAGGAGCAGCGCAUUGUGAUUGAGAUCCCCGUGGGGCGGCUCAUCCGGCAGCAGCAGCGCGCCGCCGCGGAGGCGGCGGCCGCGGAGGUGGAGGCGGCGGCGCGUCGCGCCUCGGGCGCGGAGGCUGGCAGCAGCAGCAGCACUGCUAUCGGUGCGGAGGGCAGCAGGAAGAAGGGCAAGGACACGUUCGACCGGCUGGCGGAGCGCGUGGCGCAGCUGCAGGCGGCGCGCGCCGGCCGGCCGGUGCCGCCCGAGAACCUGGCCACCGCGCUGCGGCAGCUGGCGCAGCGGCUGGUGGCGGGCGAGCUGGCCGCCGAUGGCACCUCCGCCGCCACCGCCACGGUGCCCUCGCCGGCGCAGGCCGCCAAGGCUGCGGCGGCGGCCGCCAAGGCCGCCUCCGCGUCCCGCGCCGCCUCCGGCAAGGACGCCUCCUCCUCCUCGACAUCCGGGGCGCAGCUGGGCGCGACGCGCAUCAGCUACGGCCGCAUCCCCACCGACCUGCCGCGCUCCGACCCCUUCUGCGGCCUCUACCUGGGCGCCUUCGGGCCGCACGGCCCGGAGCUCAUCCAGCUCAGCCGCGGGCUGCAGGACGGCGAGGAGGUGGUGAGCGCGGUCAAGGUCACGGGCGACCCGAACGUCCCCGCCGGCGAGGUGUCCUUCCGAGCCAAGGUGGGCCGCCGCCACAAGCUGGACUCGCGGGACGUGUACCCAGACGAGCUGGGCAUCGUGGCGCGCUACAAGGGCGAGGGCCGCGUGGCGAUGGCGGGCUACAAGAGCCCGCGCUGGGUGGACGGCGAGUUGCUGGUGUUCGCGGUGGGGGCGUCGCCGGUGACGGGCGGCGCGCAGCUGGGGUUCGUGUGGAGCGUGCCGGGCGAGAAGCGCUUCCUCAUCCUGCUCAACAAGCUGGACCUGAAGGAGUGCGAGAAGUAGGCGGGUGCGGACGAGGAGGAGGAGGGGUGGUGGUGAGGAGGAGGAGGAGGAGGAGGAGGAGGAGGAGGAGGAGGAGGAGGAGGAGGAGGAGGAGGAGGAGGAGGGGCGGGGAGGAGCGGGGAGGAGCGGGGAGGAGCGGGGAGGAGCGGGGAGGAGGCGGCGGGAGAUGGAGGCGCACGUUGUUGCUUUUUGGCUUUUGUGCGUGUGCGUGCGUCGUACGUGUGCGUGGCUCGAUUGUGUUGUGGUGUGUGGUGUGUCGUACAAAGUAGAAAGGAGCGAUUGAUGAGCGAAAUGCGGGAAGCAGGAGGUACAACGGGAACGGGAGUAGUGGGUUAGGCAACGAGAACAAAAUAUUGAGGGCACAUCCUCUCUGGCUUGGUACAUAGCCGAAAGCGGCGGAUUGCUGCUGGCGGCUAGGGCCUAUUGAGGAAAUCUUGGCUGACGGAGACGUGACGCAUGGCCCAGAGGUGCAGGCGCGCUUCGCUCUCUGUGCGAACAACGCUUUGUUAUGCAGUGUUCGCAUCGCGUGGGUCAUGGCUUGUAGAUUGGCAGACGAGAACGCAAUCCGUUGUCAGUGGCUUGUCAGCCCGUACUCAUGUGUGUGUGAGUGUGUUUUUGGUCGUGGAUGCAGGAGGCACGAGAUGCCCUUUCAAUUAUUUCCCGCGCCGGGCUCGGCGCAUUAGCUACAUGCAUGGGACGUUUGCGCUCAGGAAAUGGAUACACCUCGACAGGAGAUGCAAUUUGCGGCUUGGUGUGCCAUCUCGUGGCACCAUUUGCUGUUUUUGAAGGAGGCAUGCGGUAAAGCGGCACAAUUGAUCACGCCAAGUUCCGAGGGGGCUGUUGCCAUUUUCGCGGGGCCUUUUGAGUGCCCACGUUAUCCCCUUGUUUUUUGGAAGGGCUCCCUUCGGUUUUCCCAAAUUGCUGUCCCCCGUAAGGAGGAGCGGCUCCUGCGCGGGUGCCUUGAGGCCGAGAAAGGGCACAGGCGGUAGAGAAGUAGCAUUCCUUGCUUGGUGUGUGCAUGUUUGUGUCGCAUGACGGCUUUCGCCUAAGAGGCGGUCCGCACUGUGUGUGUGUGUGUGUGUGUGUGUGUGUGUGUGUGUGUGUGUGAUGGGGUGUGAGACAGCGGCCGCAGGCCGACUUUGGGUCAGUCCUGUCCUAGAGGCUCCUUACUUGAACUGAAAUCCUGAAAGCAUGAGCAGAAAGACGCGCCGAAUGAAGACAGAAUGAAUAACGUUGGUGCAUCAAGACGGCCUGGAAUGGGUGGCGCCGGAAUGCGGCGACUGUAAAUCCAGGUAUCC